AUGGCUCACCUGUCGGAUAAGAAACCCGAAAAGUCGUACCUCUCCUCUGCGGUCGACUCUAUCAAUCCUUGGGCCUCGACCCGUGGAUCCAACACAUCUACUCCCAAGCCGCCCCCAACCCCACCUCCUCCUGCAACCGCACCUCCGCCGCAAGCAUCAACAGACCACAGCACCAACCCGCUCUACGGAAUCAGCCGAAGAAACUAUCCCCGGACUGCCCCCUCUCAAGGUCCUUUGGUCCCUAAACGGAAACCAUCCUUCUUGACAACGCGCCGCACCAAACCUAACGGGAAGGAAACGACCAAGGCUCAGGCGGCGCCUAAGAAGUUCGUCGCAUUUCAGCGUUCAGACUCUAGGGCCAUUGAAGAAGCCUAUCAAGGGCUACUCGAAGAGCAAGAGAAUGGCUCUGACGGGUUGUCCGACCUUGGACGACAGCUUGUUAUCCCCUCAGACCCCAAGCUGUCGAGGGACGAAAAGGGGCCGAGGACCGCGGGGGACUCUGCAUCCACUCAUGUGCCGGUGAACGAAGACUUCCUAUUCGACGUAGAUGUUCUCCAGCGAGAGCUAGCUCCGGUGUACUGGUUAGGCCCCGUUUAUGAGGUCCGCCGCGGGACCUGGUUCUAUCAAGAGGGUUCAACCCUUCGCCCUUGCGAUGAAAAUCUAGCCGCGCAGCUUGAGGAAGGUUACCUGAAAACAAAACCCUGGUUGGUACCCGCGGUGCCUGUCACGGCGCCUCCGGAGCUAGGCGAGGCUCCCGAGGCACGCGAUCCCCAGGUCAAGGAUGCCGUAUCGAAAGGCUAUGCCUUUACCGAACUCCCUACUUCCGGGGCGAAGACAUCCGCUCCCGUACCAACCCCUCAACUCCCCUCGUACCGGCUCUUUGGCUCUUACAUGAACAGCGUCGCCACGUUCCAAGACGAGAACACUGCUUGGCUCUCUUCAGAUGGAAUCUUGUCCUGGGUGACGUCCACUGUGUACCAGCGCUUUGCCGGCGGUGGGUAUAUGAGCGGCGUGAAGCUGGUGCGUGGGUACUCGGAGCCUGGAAAGGCCAAGGACGGGCCGAAACGGCCAAGCACGCCAACGGAUAAGGGCACUCUUGAGCCCAUGGACGAAAAGCAGCAAAAGGCGCUGAAACGAAAGUCGGCCCCGCCGUCAACCAGGGCGCCAAAUGGAGACAGGUUAGAAGAGGAGAUUCGUCUCCGCCAGGAACAAGAGAUCAGGGAUGAUUACAACACCGAAUACGAAGAUACCCAGGGAAGAGAUAUAGAACACUUGAUUCUCGUGACUCAUGGCAUCGGCCAACUCCUGAGCCUCCGGCUCGAGAGCAUGAAUUUUAUUCACGACGUCAACGUUAUGAGAAAAGCGAUGAAAUCCGUCUAUACAAGUUCAGCCGAUCUCAAGUCUCUCAAUAGAGAAUCCGAAGAGAAGAUGGAUUUUCCCAAGCAGCGAGACACGCGGCAGGAAAAGGAUAUCGGUGAUACUAACAGCGACGAUGAUAUGUACCCUAGUCUCGAAGACAUCACCAUUGAAGGUGUCGCAUUCGCUAGGUCCAUUGUCUCGGAUCUCGCUCUUGACAUUCUUCUUUACCAAAGCGGCUAUCGAGAACAAAUCAUGACGAUUGUUCUGCAGGAGGCCAACCGGAUCUACAAUCUCUUCAAGCAGCGAAACCCAGAUUUCCGCGGCAAGCCGGAGCGAGACCCAUCGGACUUAUCCUUUGACUUUGAUACCGAAGACUUUUACUGUUUAGGGUCGCCCAUCGGCCUAUUUCAAAUGCUGAAAGGACGAACGGUAGCAGCACGCGGCCCCUCCAAUGCAAGGGCCUCACAAAGCCCUCUCGAUCCGGACGCCAUCGAGAACCCUUUUAGUGCCCACGAAAACAUGCCAAUCUCCUCCGUCACUGGGCUGCCGUUUUCCGUCUCGUCGCCCCGUCUUUCACAAUUGUUCAAUGUUUUCCACCCAUCCGAUCCUAUUAGCUACCGCGUCGAGCCUUUGAUAGCGCCCGCAAUGUCAACACUCAAACCCCAGAUUCUACCGUACACAAAGAAAGGCAUUUUCGGUAGCGUAGCCCAGCAAGGGCUCUCUGGAAUCAGUGCCAAGGUUGGACAAAGCGUGAGCGGUCUCUGGACCAGCUUAAGCGCAGGGGUCACCUCGAGCAUUUUGAACCGAAGUCUCGGCUUGAGCAGCGAAGAGGUUUCGCGAUUGUCAGACGAGUCAUCGGCCCAGCAAGACGGCAAGGCAAGCCAAGGCACGUCAACAGAUGCGGCGAGCUCUUUGAUUUCCGAUACGUCUAUCCUCGGAAAACGGACAGAUCAGAGAAAACUAGAGCUAGCCGAUCCAUCCAUGACGGCUGGCCGCACUAGCACCAGCGGCAACGACAUCACUUUAAUCGACUACGAUCUAGAGACUCUCUACUCAAAGUUUGAAAAGGCACGGGCAGCGGCUGAUGGUCCGCUCGCGAGAGAGGGUCUCGAUAAGAAAGCUCGGAAAAUUCAGCUGGACGAAGCCAAGAUUAGGGCUCUUAACCGCAAUGGCCGUGUGGAUUAUAGCAUCCAAGAGAGCGUUUUGGACUACAAUCCCAUCAACACCAUUGCAUCUCACAUGAGCUACUGGGGCGAUGAGGACGUGAACCAUUUCGUCCUCUCCCAGCUACUGUCCAGCAAAGCUAGGAACGACUCUCGAUAG